GUUGGCUGCAACACGGCCUUAGUAGGAUAAACUGACAUGGACAUUUGAAAAAUGCUACUUGGACGUUAGCAAUUAUUUAAAUGAUUAAAUCAGAAGUCCUUUUUAUCCAAAGGGAAUGCCAACUCUGGUUCAGCAUGCAGCACUGUGCACAUCAACGAAGGUAAAAGUCUUUCGACGCAGCCGUUGAGGACUUAAAGUCGAGACUUACGCUCCUCAGAAGAUCUCACCUGCAGCAGCACUGAGAGGAAUUUACGGCUCCUUGGGAGGAUUAUGCCAUUAUAGGUUACAACUUGAGCUUUUCUUAGAGUACCACGGCUACCGGGAAAAGUCAGUCCUGCUUUGCUAACACCAAGCAGGAACCAUGGAUGACCCCUAUCACAACAAUGUGACCAAGCAGGGGACAGGAGGUGGAGAAUACACCUACACCCAGGAAGGAGGAGGAGGAGGUCAAGAUGGCUACCCUUACCAGGCGGACUACCCUCCUCAGGAAGAAGACGCUCGAAGCGACGCCACCGAGGGCGCGGACGAUGACGAGCAGAUGUACGAGGGCGAGUAUCAAGGCGUUCCCCAUCCCGAUGAGAUCAAGGAGGCUCGGAGGGCGGCUCGGUUGGAGGCUAGGAGGAAAGCUCGUCAGGCUGCACAGCAAGAGGAGGAGGAAGACAACCUGCCGGAGCAAUACGAAACCCUGAUGGAGGAUUGUGGCCACGGGCGAUUCCAGUGGAUGCUGUUCGCCGUGCUGGGUCUGGCGCUGAUGGCUGACGGCGUAGACGGCUUCGUGGUGGGCUUUGUGCUGCCCAGCGCUGAGAAGGACAUGUGCAUAUCCAACUCUGACAAAGGGAUGCUGGGUCUGCUGGUGUACGUGGCGAUGAUGGUGGGGGCUUUGGUGUGGGGGGGUCUGAGUGAUAAGAUGGGCAGGAGGAAGUGUCUGAUCUACGUCCUGAGCAUCGACCUGGUCUUCUCCUUCCUCUCCUGCUUCGCGCAGGGCUACGGCUUCUUCCUCUUCUUCAGGAUCUGCUCCGGCUUCGGAAUUGGCGGCUCCAUCCCGAUCGUUUACACCUACUUCACUGAGUUCCUGCAGAUGGAUAAACGUGGAGAACAUCUGAGCUGGCUCUGCAUGUUCUGGAUGUUGGGGGGGCUUUACGCCUCUUUCACCGCCUGGGGAAUCAUCCCACACUACGGUUGGGGAUUCGCCAUCGGGACAGAGAUCCAGAUCCACAGUUGGAGAUUAUUCAUCUUCGUGUGUCUCUUCCCUGCGUUGGCUGCUCUCAUCGGAGUCAUCUUCAUGCCGGAGAGCCCUCGUUUCCUCCUGGAGGCUGCUCGACAUGAUGAAGCGUGGAUGGUUCUCAGGCGAGUUCACGACACCAACUGGAAGGCAAAGGGGGAACCAGAGAGAGUUUUCACGGCGACCAACAUCAAGACUCCACAGACUGAGGAGGACGAUUUCAUCGAGAUCCAGAGCGACACGGGGACGGCUUUCCAGCGCUGGACCGUCCGUCACAUGACCAUGCUGCAGCAGGUGAUGGCUAACAUCAUGUCGCUCUCUGCCGCUGAGCUCCGGCUGCAGGGCCUCUUCCUGCUCAUCGUCUGGUUCUGCCUGGCCUUCAGCUACCACGGGCUGGGAGUGUGGUUUCCUGAUAUGAUCAAAUACAUGCAGUACGAAGAGUACGAGUCCAAGGUCCGAGUGUUUCACCGAGAACGAGUCGAACGCUUCCACUUCAACUUCUCUUUAGUCAACCAGAUCCACCGCGAGGGCGAGUACAUCCACGACAAGUUUGCAAACAUUGAGAUUAAGUCUGUGAAGUUCGAGGAUUCUCUGUUUGAAAACUGCUACUUUGAGGAUGUCAGGUCCACCAACACCUUCUUUGAGAACUGCACCAUCAAAAACACCGUCUUCUAUAACACAGACCUCUGGGAGGAGAAGUUUAAAGACUGCAAGAUGGAGAACACCACCUUCCUCCACCCGAAGAAAGGCUGCCACCUGAACUUCCUGGAGGAAAACGACAUCGUAAUAUAUAUGGUCAGCUUCCUGGGGAGUCUGGCCGUCUUACCGGGGAACAUCCUCUCUGCUUUGUUCAUGGACAAGAUAGGAAGGAUACGAAUUAUAGGUGGUUCUAUGUUGGCGUCGGCCGCCUGUACUUUCUUGCUGCUGCUGAGUUUCAGUCAAGGAGCGGUAAUAUGUUGGCAGUGUCUCUUCUACGGCACCAGCGUGGCGGCCUGGAACGGCUUACAGGUCAUUUCUGUGGAGCUCUACCCCUCCGCCAAAAGAGGGACGGCGUUCGGUAUCCUGAACGGGAUCUGUAAGUUUGCCGCCAUCCUCGCCAGCUUCAUCUUCGCCAAAUUCAUCGGCAUCACGAAGAUAGUCCCGAUCUUCUUGGCCUUCGCUUCGCUCGUCUGCGGAGGUUUGGUCGCCCUGAAGCUGCCGGAAACUCGGGAGAAAAUCCUCCAGUGAACAGCCAAACUCCUGCAGCAUCCACCGCUGUAUCGCUAUGAGGAAAGCUUUUUGGGAAAGUGUAUCAGCUUCAACUGAAUUGGUUGCUGUGUUAUAAUUUAAAAAAAUUGAAAACCUGUCUGGUUGCCUACGUGAACCUGUGGUUGCUUUCUAUUCCCUCUGUGAGCUCCUCAGGCUCCUGUUAAAAAAAACUAGUGGUUCCUUUUUAUCAUUUACUCUCCGUCCUCCACACUGAUAAAACUAAAGCGUUGAUUUUAAUUAAAUGUAUUAUGUCAACAAACUCCACAUAACUGUAUUAGGUUAGCUGAAAACAAUCAUUUAAAUAGGUUCAACUUAAUAUGAUUGCUUUUAAAUAACCUAAUUAUGGGAAAGUUGUUGACAUAAUGCACUUCAGUGUACACACACACACACUGUAGCAACAUGUGUUUUGUUUGAGGUUUGUGUAACAGAAUAAGAGAUGUGUGUACUUGAAAGGUAGUUCAUGUUACCAUGUUGUGCUUUCAUUUCAUUCCCCCGCUGGAUACGAAAAAGGAAGGACUUAUAGUCGAAUUGGAUUUGAAUCCCGUUGUAUUUUCGCCGAGUCUCAGCAGCAAUAUCACAGUUGUUAUUCCGAGAAAACACCUCUUUUGUUCACCAGACGUUAUUUAUUCUGUCCGUCCUGUGUGUAUAGUCUUCUUUAGUCCACAUGUUGUUGCUCAGACUUAAACCUGGAUUGACCAUUUAAAGGUGGGGUAGGUCAUUUUGGAGAAAGCAGCUCGAGUGCGCUAGAAUUUGAAAAUACACAGCCGGAAGAAAUCUGCCCCUUCCUUCCUUCCUUCCCUCCUCCAACACACACG